GAAAUACUAGAAGCUGUUGUCCCAGCUCGUCUCGUCACUCGGCUGUGAUUCCUCACUUUGGACGAUCCGUGGAGCAGGUUAUCCAGAAUGAUAACUUUGUUGAUAAUCUCAGCACUGAUUGGUUUUGCCUCUACCAUACCAUGUGAUACAGAAGGCUCCAACACUGAGCUGCUGCUUUCACUCAACAAGAAUCUCCUUCGCUCUCUGGAGAGCCAGGAGGGACUUCCUAACCCCAGUAUCCACUUGGCAUUACGCCUUUCCAAUAAACACAACCUUGCCAAGGAGAGCGAACACCUCAACAGACUAAAAAAUGAAUUGCACAAUGACAUUCAAAGCUCUCUCUCUAACAGUCAGCCUGUGACUGGUGUGCUGGCGCUCUACAGCCUGGCUUUAAAGUCCUCCUGCUAUGAUCUCAACACGGUCAGCUUCACUGUGAACGAGAGGAGUCAAACACUGCUGACACACCUGAAGAACCAGAUGGAGCUGGAGAAAGAGCACUUCAGCCACCGCCCUUUGACCAACUAUUACCAGUACUCCCUGGGUGUGCUUGCUCUCUGUGUGAGCGGCGUCAGGGUCAACAACCAUGUGACCAACAAGCUCAUCAAAGCAGCAGAACAUGAGCAGUUCAAACAUGGAGAGUCUGAGAGUGUGGAUACGUAUGCCAUGGCUGGAAUGGCACUCCAGUGUGUGAAGGACUCUGGUUCUCACAUGCAGAACGCUGCUGGGCUGGACACGGCUCUUAGCAAGAUCAAGCAGAAGCUUCUAGCCUCCCGCAGGGCUGAUGGUCAUAUUGGCAAUGAAUUCAGCACAGGCCUUGCAGUUCAAGCCCUGUUAGCAAUGGGCAGUGAGGUUGCAGAGUGUGCCGCCUCAAUGGAGGCCAUGAGGACAGCUGCUAGAAGCAACGCAUACCACAACCCCAUGGCCAUCUCUCAGACUCUGCCUGCUCUCCAGCAAACAUCCUACGUGGCAGUUAAAAGCAAGGAGUGCCUAACUGAGGAUAACACUCUGGUGCUUGAGCCCUUGGAUCCUGUAGUGGUUCCACCAAACCAGGUCAAGGUGAAUGUGAUGGUGGAAGUGGUGACAUCCAGCGGAGCGGCAGCACAUUACUCGGUGGAUGUACCAAAGGGCAGCUCCCUGCUAGAGGCUCUUGAACUGCUCAAGGAGGAAAAUCCUGACUUCACGUUUGAGAAGGAGUCCAGCCUGUGGGGACCUUUCUUAAGUGUGGUGAAUGGAGAGCAGGCCAGGCAAAGCGACCGCAGAUACUGGCACCUCUCCUCAGAUGGCACUGCACUCACUGAGGGUGUUGGCGAUUUCAAGAUCGAGGUGGCUCAAAGGAUCACCAUCAGAAACACGAGCUACUGAUGUUCCAGCCAAUCAGUGAUUAGAUGAUCAGCACUUUAAUCUUUAUGAACUAAUGAUUAGACCUAAAUUGUCUCUUGGCAUCAUAUAUCAAUAAAUCCCACAGUUACUUAACAGAAUGUUUGCAUUUUAAGUAGAUAUGAAGAUCGAAGAAAAGGGUAAUUAAGAGCUAUUUCAACAAGGUUUGUGUUGAGUAUUUUUACUUUGGAAAACGUUUUUAUGAUUAUAAUACAAUUACUACGAAAUGUCAAUUAAAAUGACUUGUGAUUGUGCUCUGUUGAA